AUCUCUGUCCCCAUCCCUGUCCCCCCCCACCUCUGCCCCAUCCGUGCCCCAGUCCCUGUCCCCAGCCCCCACCCAGGUCCCCAUCUCUGUCCCCGCUGUGGUCCCGCUCUCUGUCCCUGUCACCUCCCCCGUACCACAGGGCCGGAAGCCACAGUGUCACAGUGUCACAGUGUCACAGUGUCACAGUGUCACAGUGUCACGGGUGACGCAGGGCCAGGAGGCUUUGGGGACAGGGACCCCCGGGGACGCGGCCCCUCGGAGGGGGCUGGGCUGGCCCGGAGGGGGAUGUGGCAGCUCGGGGUCCUCAUCCCCCUCCUGGGAGCGGGCGCCCUGCGGGUGACCCAGGAGCCGGGCGACCUGCAGGCGGCCGCGGGUGACACGGUGGCCCUGGCGUGCCAGGUGGAGGUGGCCGAGGGCGGGACCCUGCUGCGGAUGGAGUGGGUGAGGGGCGGGGGGCUCGGGGUGCUCUGCGCCACCCGCCUGUCCCUGGGCACCCCGCCGUCCCCGUUCCCCCGUCCCCGCUGUGCCCGGGGGGCGCAGCUGGCCUGGCAGCCCCCCCGGGCCACCCUCAGCCUGCCGCAGGUGCGGGACAGCGACAGCGGCAGCUACGUCUGCAGGGUGACCCUGGAGAUCCCCCGGCACGCCACCGCCACCGGCAACGGCACCGAGCUCCGCGUCAGCCCCGCAGCUCUUGGAGGACACCAGGCAGCGCUGCUCUGCCCGCUCCUGGGGGGCCUGGGGGGCACCGCCCUUCUCCUGGCGAUGGCCGUGCUCGGCCACCGCUGCUGCCGCCGGAGCCCAGGCGCUGCCCACCCCGACACGGCCAUCUACGUGAACGUGGUGUCCCCCCCGGCCGCCGCCAAGCCGCCCCCCCCCCCAGCCGAAGGUGUGCCCGUACCAGGCGGAGCCGCGGUGGGCACGGGGCCCCCCCCGAUCCCCCCGGCGCUGAGGGUGCCCGCAGUGCCUCGCACCCUCCCCAGCUCUGCCCUUCCCCAGGAAACCCCCCAACAAAGGUGUUUGGCAGCAUCCUGUGUGUCACCCGGCUCUGCGUCCUCUGUGUCCCCACCCCUGCGUCAUCCUGUGCUCCCCCCGCGGCCACCGCGCGUGGGCAGCUCGGUGUCACCGUGCCCGAGGGGUGGCAGCGGCCCUGGGACCCUCAGGGGAAGCCACUCUGUUGUCCCCUGGGCUCUUGCACGGUGUCACCCGGCACCCGAGGGCUGUGCUGGGGGUGGGAAGCAAGGACCCCCCCCCGUGGGGGGCAGUGCCACCAGCCCCUCACCACGCGGGUGA